AUGCCGACGCCACAGCGUUCGCUGCUCUCUUAUGCCGCAUUCCUCUCCAUUUCCAGACUCCACCGCCGGCUCAAGUUGUCCGUUAGAGUGCAUAAGCCAAGCACCAAUUUGGUCGGCAAAUUCACGCAGAGCGUGCGGCGCAUUGUUCAAGACGUCAAAGACGAAGGCACCUCAAGCGGGCAGACGAAAGAGGAGGUAAUUGAGACGAACGAGCGUCUACGCGCUGUACGGAUACGCUUGGAUGAGAAUUAUGACACGGCUAAGAAGGCGCUGGUGACUCUGAUGGCCCGUUACAACGAGUCCAAGGCUGAAAGAAACGUCUUCACGAGAUACGCAUUACUUAAGGCGAUGAUUAAGGAUGUCAUCCGCUUGGAAACCCAAUACUGGUCACUUGUAGAGAUCCCAAAGCAGGAGAAAGCUGAGACAGUCCCGGUGUUCGUUCUUCGUGCUUGCGCCAUAAUGGAGAAGACGCAGAAGUCUGGAGAGGGAGUCAAAACAUCUUCGAAGCUCGCCGAAGAAGCUGCGGACCGUAAAGAGCGAAUAGAGCGUCUCAAUGAUAUGACGACAUCUCAAAUAGAAGCAGAAAACACUCAAAUGACCAAUGACCUCUAUCGUCUGCUGAAAAAGUAUACCGGCUUGAGGAAUCUCAUUAGGGAGCUGAAGUCGGAGUACGUGAGCUCUAAAAUGUACCCGAUGUUCCCGCGGUACACGAUGCUGAAGGACAUGAUCAAGGACAUAAUGCACGACCCCGAUUACAUGGAGGUCUGCCACGAGGUGGACCCG